AUGACUGACUACAUCGAAAGUGGUCACAUGACUCUGGUACCUGCUAAGCACAUGGGCUUAGGCAAGUACUACAUACCGCACCACUGCGUCUUGCGUCCCGACAGCUCUACGACGAAACUCCGCGUGGUGUUCGAUGCCUCGGCUAAGGACGCGAAUUCAAAAUCGCUUAACGAUUCGCAACUUGUUGGUCCAAAGUUGCAAUCCAACAUCGUGGAGAUUCUUCUCCAUUACCGGGAACACAAAGUCGUCUUUAUGGCGGAUCAGCUGGCCAAUGACGAGGGUCAUCAUUACCCUAAGGCCAAAGCCGUUUUAACUUCCGAUCUUUAUAUCGAUGACAUCGUCACCGGAAGUUCAACGAUGGAGGAUGCCUGCGAUAUCAAAUCGCAAGUCAUCGCUCUUCUCACUCGCGGGUGCUUUGUGCUACGCAAAUGGGUGAGCAAUCGACCUGAGCUUCUAAGUGACCUUCCCUCAGAAGCGUGUCUUUCGGAAGCUAUUACUUUUAACCAAGCCGAAGACACAACCGUGAAAGUUCUUGGGCUGAAAUGGGAGCCUGGCUCAGACUCAUUUGUUUUUAACGUCCAACCGUCAAAUCAACCUUGUACCAAGCGAACGAUUCUGAGUGAGGUAGCCAGGGUCUUCGAUCCUUUGGGAUUUCUGUCGCCUCUAAUAAUUCAAGCCAAGUGCUUAAUCCAAAAACUUUGGAUCCUCGGCGUUUCGUGGGAUGAUACUCCCCCAUCGGAAAUUGUUGCACAAUGGAACAACUUUUCUCAACAACUUCCACAAAUCAGAGAACUUAAGGUUCCUCGCGGUCACAUCCAGGACACAGUUCCUACCGAAUGUUGGAGGCAUGUGCCCUCUGCAACCAAUCCAGCUGACAUUUGCUCUCGAGGACAGCUGCCAACGGAACUAUUAACCAACACGCUAUGGUGGGCGGGCCCCGAGUGGCUCUCUCAACCGCAGUCUGAAUGGCCAACAGACAUAUCUAAAUGUCAGAUGCAGGAGGACGUUGUAAUUCCCGAGCAACGUAGUACCGUUCUCAUCGCUAAUAAAACCGAGACCACUUCGAAAACGUUCAUAAUUGAUCACCUGUUCGAGAAGUAUUCAUCCCUGGAUAAAAUUUGUCGGAUCUUAGCGUAUAUCCGUAGAUUUCGCGUUAACUCGUGCGUUGAUGGUCCACGACCUGAGAGUCUUGUCGUGACGGACGUUGAAUAUCAUCGUGCUCUCCUGAUGAUCGUCAAACAUUUCCAGAACCGUUUUUUCUUUGACGUUAUAUCAAAUCUGAGGUUGCGAAAACAAUUGCCUCGCAACUUCCGUAAGCUAAAUCCUUUCCUGGAUGAUCAAGGUAUUCUCAGGGUGGGCGGACGGCUGGCUCGCUCUGGUCUUGAAUUCGAACUCAAGCACCUGGCAUUGCUGCCCAGGAAAUGUGUGCUCACCACAGCAGUAAUCGAAUCCAUUCAUCGGAAGAAUCUUCAUCCCGGUCUGAACACCACGCACUACCUGAUCUUACAGCAGUUCUGGAUUCUGGCGGCUAAGCGUGCCGUGCGUCAACACCUCUCGAAGUGUAUCCGAUGCUAUCGUCUCCGUCCUCAACCAUUGCAACCGUUUAUGAGCGACCUUCCCGCCUUCCGCGUCAACCAGGCAAAAGCGUUCUCUCAAGUUGGGGUGGAUUUUGCGGGUCCCUUCCGGAUCAAACUGGGUAUCCAUCGCGGUGCUAAAAUCGAUAAGGCUUACUUAUGUUUAUUCGUCUGUCUGAGCACCAAAGCUGUACACCUUGAAGUAGUAUCCACUUUAUCGACUGACGGUUUCAUCGCUGCGUUGCGUCAUUUUGUCUCCCGUCGGGGCCGUUGUAACGUCAUACAUUCAGAUUGCGGCACAAACUUCGUCGGUGCAGCCUCGCAACUCGCAUCAUGCAUGGAGCAAGCAACGAACUCAGAACGGAUUGCAUUUAAGCGUAACCCCCCAUCUUCUCCACACUUCGGUGGAGUAUGGGAAAUUCAAGUGAAAGCCGCGAAAAGUCAUUUAUAUAGGAUUGUUGGUGAUCAAACUCUAACCUUCGAGGAGCUUACCACGCUCUUCACUCAAAUCGAAUCAAUUUUAAACUCUAGACCCCUGUGCCCCUUAAGCUCUGACCCUAACGACUUGAACGUUCUUACACCUGGUCAUUUCUUGACGCUGGAACCUCUUACGGCGGUUCCUGAUCCAGAUUACUCUAAUGUUAAUCUUAAUCGUCUAAGCCGAUGGCAACUGAUUCAAUCGUUCCAACAGCAAUUUUGGAGACGUUGGAAACACGAAUAUCUACACGCGUUAACUCAGCGGGCAAAAUGGACUAAAGACUCAAAACAAUUAACCGUAAAUUCGAUCGUGCUUAUUAAGGACGAUAAUCGACCUCCACUCCAAUGGGCAUUAGGACGAGUAGUCUCCUUACACCCUGGGCCUGAUGGAGUGAUUCGAGUAGCUACUUUAAAAACUAGAGAUCACAUAAUUAAGAGACCUUUAGUUAAAUUGUGCCCUCUGCCAACCGAAUAA